ACUGAACUAAAGUUAAUUUAAACAGAUGUGGCGAUCAACAACAUUAGUGGUGGCAGCAGUGAUGGUGAUGGGAGCUACAGCAGCCUCCAUAACCUCCCUGGUGCAUGAUGAGUGGGAACUGUUUAAGCUGGAGUACAACAAGCAGUACAACACUGAUGUGGAGGAACAAUUCCGCAUGAAGAUUUUCAUGGAUAACAAACACAAGGUUCUGGAACACAACAAACAUUUUGCCCAGAAUAUGACUUCCUUCAAACUCAAACUUAACCACCUAGGAGACAUGCUGAGGCAAGAAAUUAUCUCUUCUAUGACUGGCUUCACUGAAAUGGACACCAAAAAUGGCGUCCAAGACAUAACUGCCAUCUAUAUUCCUCCCGAUGACGAUGUGCUGCUGCCCUCCUCAGUUGACUGGCGCAAGAAGGGUGCUGUAACUGGAGUCAAGAAUCAGGGGCAGUGUUCUUCAGGCUGGGCAUUCUCAACAACCGGGUCACUUGAGGGUCAGCAUUUCCGCCGAUGGAGUCGUCUGCUCAACAUCUCGGAGCAGAACCUCAUAGACUGCUGCCAUCUGUGUCAAGGAUGCCAGGGUGGACGUAUGGACUACGCUUUUACAUACAUCAUGCAAAAUAAUGGCAUUGACAGUGAGAGUUACUACCCUUAUGAGGCCAGAAAUAAUGUGUGUCGCUACAACCCAGUUAUGGCUGUGGCCAAGGCCUUGGGGUACGUGAGUAUCCCAACUGGUGAUGAGAUGGCUCUGAAGGCUGCUGUAGCCAAUAUUGGUCCUGUGUCAGUAGCCAUCGAUGCCUCCCUCCCAUCCCUUCAUUACUACACCCACGGUGUGUACUAUGACCCUCAGUGCUCAUCAACACGCCUUACCCACGGGGCACUGGUGGUGGGCUAUGGUUCUGACUGGGGCCGCGAGUACUGGAUCGUGAAAAACUCCUGGAGUCCUUACUGGGGAGACCACGGCUACAUUAAGAUUGCUCGCAACCGAAACAACCAGUGCGGGAUAGCUACUAAUGCUGGCUACCCACUGGUGUAAAAUCUUCAGCGUUGAUGAUACUUUGACAUGAGGUAACAUUCUACCAGUUCAUAAAUCACAACUUAGCACAGAUUGGGUGAUUACUGUACAGUAUUAUUAAUUCAUCCAACAUGCCUUACUGCAUGUUGCACCAGUGUGGCAAAUAUGGAAACUUUCCUGAGUGGGGCAACAAGACCAGUUAUGUAGGGAUAUUUGGGCCAUUUCACAAAAUGCAUGUAAAUUUAUUGGUGUCUUUGUUUCACUACUGUUCAAGGCUGGACAUUAUGGUAUUAAUUUGUACAGAACUUUUGCUUUGAAUUUUUUGAAACCCUUUGAUGUAGUAUUUGUUAGAUUGGUGUCCAUUAAAUAGAAAUUUUACUGUACUGCCUGUAUAAACAACACUUACAGGUUACAGUAUAUAAUGAUUUUUUUAAUUUCUCUGGUAACACUUUUUUAGAGGUUUUUAAUUAUUCUGCUAUCACAGUAUCUUUGGGUUGUUUAAAUUAUUCUGGUAACAUUACAGUUUGAUGAUGUUUUAUAAGAGGGAGGAUUAAAAUUCCCACUUAAAUCUUUUAGCCCAUGCUUAAACUUUCUCAGCCACUCUAUUAAACCUUCCUUCCUGCAGACCCUAACUUACAUGCUCUCAAGUUUUUCUUGUUUGUUUUUUUUAAGCAACUGCCUCUUAAGGCUUUCUCUACAUACAUUGGGGUUAAAAAGAUGAAAGUGUAUUGGUAAAUAAAUUAUUUUACAGAGCUUAA